GCGGAGGGUGCCCUGUCGGGGGACGGUGAGUCCUCGCCGCGGACACCACAUCUCCCCAGGACCGUCCCUUUCCCGCUCGGCGGCCCCUCCGGGCUUCGGCUGCGCUGGGAAAUUGCCGCCUCUUCCCCCUCUCCCCCGGUUGAAAUUCCUGCUCUUGACCUGAAUCGGGACUUGUUAAUGAGUCAGAGGAGCCUUCCCGAGGUAUAGCAGAAGCAGAGCACCUGGAAACAUGCCUCUGCAAGAGAGGGAAAUUAGCAGCAGCUCCAUCAAUGACAAGCAAGAACAAAACAACAGCCGUGUUAUUACAAUUGUCUUCCUGGCACUCUUCAUUGACUUGUUGGGAUUCGCUCUCAUCUUGCCACUGUUUCCUUCCAUCCUUGAUUAUUACAGCCAGGCUGAGGAUGGAUUCUAUUUGUCAUUGCAACGUGGUGUGGACUGGUUUGCAGUGAUGGUUGGGAUGCCCCCAGAACGGAAAUACAACAGUGUCUUGUUUGGAGGUCUGAUCGGCUCAAUCUUUUCCAUCCUACAGUUUUUUUCCUCUCCCCUUACUGGUGCUGUGUCGGACUGCUUGGGCAGAAGGCCUGUCAUCUUGAUGACAGUGAUGGGUUUGAUAACAUCAUACGCGCUAUGGGCUGCCUCUAGGACUUUUGGCAUUUUUCUUCUCUCCAGGAUUGUAGGUGGAAUAAGCAAAGGGAACGUCAGCCUCUCCACAGCUAUAAUUGCUGACUUGGACUCUCCAAAAGCACGGAGCAAGGGCAUGGCAAUGAUUGGCAUUGCUUUCUCCCUUGGUUUUACCCUGGGUCCCAUGAUUGGAGCUUACCUAGCCAUGGAGACAGAGAAAGGAGAAGUCUUCUACCUUCGUUCAGCAUUGUUAGCACUCAUGUUUGCUGUGGCUGAUUUAAUUUUCAUCUUCUUCUUACUUCCAGAGACACUUCCCAAAGAAAAACGGGUCUCUUCUGUGACAUCUGGAUUUCAGGCAGCAGUUGACUUGCUCAGUCCUUUGGCUUUAUUUCAGUUCUCUGCAGUCACCCGAGGAAAGGAAUCCCCUUCAGAGGCAAAUCUUCAGAAUCUCAAAAUCUUGGGCCUGGCUUAUUUCCUGUACCUCUUCCUGUUUUCCGGUUUGGAGUAUACACUGAGUUUUCUCACUCACCAGAGAUUCCAGUUCAGCAGCAUGCAGCAGGGCAAGAUGUUUUUCUUUAUUGGAAUAACAAUGGCUGUGAUCCAGGGAGGCUAUGCUCGCCGAAUCAAGCCAGGAAAUGAAAUAAGAGCUGUAAAAAGGGCUAUUAUGUUGCUGAUUCCAGCUUUCUUGUUAAUUGGAUGGGCUGCAAGUGUGACCAUGCUGAGUGUUGGACUGUUGCUGUACUCUUUUGCUGCGGCCAUCGUUAUCCCAUGUUUGUCAGCAGUGGUGUCAGGCUAUGGCUCUGCCAGCCAGAAGGGCCGAGUCAUGGGGAUCCUGAGGAGCCUGGGCGCCCUUGCCAGAGCCCUGGGACCCAUCCUGUCGGCUACAGUUUACUGGCUGGCAGGGGCAGAGAUUUGCUUCACUGUCUGUGGAGCUUUGUUCCUCAUCCCCUUCGUUUUACUUGGUUCUAUAAAACAGCCAACUAAAGAGGAGUAGGAAGUAACCACAGAACUAUCACCAGCUUCCCAGGACCUCUCCAUGACCCCACUCUUGGCAAAACAGUUGAGUAAAUGAUGAAGAUCAUCAGACAGGCGGACGCGUGACAGCGGCAUGGUGUGAUCGGCCCAAUCCCCUGUCAGGUGCUGCGGAGCAGCGCACACUCUGCUCCUCCCUGCCCCUCGCCCUGCCCCACCAGCACACACCAGCCCAAAGCCCCUGCCUGCAACCAGGUUUGUCUGGGUCGGACCAGCACAGACCCAACCCCGCAGGCAGCUCCAGCAGGGAGGUUCUAGACGGCUGUCACGAGAUCACCACAAAUGCUCCGUGGGCCUGAGAGAAGCUGUACCAACGCCUUAAAACACCAAUCAAUCACAACCAAGAGGGAGAAGCUUACUACAGGCUGCCUGAGCCCAAGGGAUGCUUUGGCACCAGUUGGACUGUUUUUAAUAUACAGUUAAAUUUUGAGCUCUUCUUUAUAUUAUGUUUUUUGAUGACCAAGCGUCGUUGUUCUUUUUGCAUUACAAAUAAACUGUUACAUUGUACAGGUGUCUGGGCAGUUAAUCACAGUUAAGGUGUUACACCCCUCUGCACCAAACACAGGGCUUCAGUGAAGCCAGAGCAGGGUCCUCAGCUCCACCUGAGGUGCAAAAGCCUCCUGCCAGGAGCCAACCUCCAGCACUCGCUGUCCUGACUCCCAGGCGGGGUGGGGGGAGCUUCUGCCUCCUGCCCAGCUGGGGAAAGGAAGCCCUGCAGCAGCUGACUGAGUAACAACUGCUUUUAUGCAUCUCAGAAAAUACUCCACACAUUAAUCAUUAAAAGAAAAUGGAGCAAAUUAAAUUCAACAGGCAACAGCAUCAAUCUGUACAACAGCAGAAGACUUCUUUAAAGAGUUUUAUUUGUGAGUAGAACUUAAUGAUACAAGAAAGAAAGAAAAAUACAGGACUUUAUUCUGCCCCAAAGUGUGUAACCAUACCAUACAUGACUACAUUUCAUAUUGUAAUACAAAGAAUUAAAAGAACAAACUACAAAAUUAGAAAUUAAGAGUCAUUGCAUAUGUGGUCAAGAUAGAUGGAGGGACUCCAUUAAAGAACUGAAACAUAUAGCAAUUAGUCAUUGAAUUACGACCCUGCAAUAAAACACAAUUUAGCAAAAUAAGUAUUGUAUGCUUCCUAGUGUACAGAGACAUACAAGGUUAAUACAAGCUGAAAGCCAUUCGUGCCAUGCAGUCCUGACUAACAUCGCUGUUCAGGGGCUCUCCCACACGGUGCUUCCCUGCUGCUCUGGGCCACCCCCCUCUACCCCUUCCACAACAGGUGACCUCACAUUUCUCACCGUACCAAUUCCUACCUCGAAACUCUUCUCUCAUCUGAAGCUUUACAGCUCUAAUUCCCCUUUCAGCUGUUUCCCCUUUGCUGCCAGAAACCAGCCCGAGGUACCAGCACCUCCCAGCCUAACAUAGGCCUCUUUCAGGCGUGGCUGCGUCCAACCGCUCAGCCCACCUCUCCCCUUUGAUGCUUUCUGCUGCAUGAAUGUAAGGCGUUAGUUUUCUAUUUUACCAAUUGCAAUGUUUAAUAUUGUCCUAAAAGGUUACAUCCCUAUUCUGUGUUGUUACAGACACUGUGAGUCAGCGUGUUUCCCUCUCCCACGCAGGGGUGUCAAUGGUGUCUGCUGCUGAAACCAGAAAUGGCUGCCAGCCUUCCCUGCUUCUGGCUGGGGUCUGGAGAAUUCCUGCAAGCUUUACCUGUCUGAUCUUAAACUACUUUUACAAUUAAGUGAUAGACAAAAGCAUGGCAAUAACUGCAAAAUAGUGAAAUCAGUGGUCAAAGUGAUUUUCUUUACCAUGCUACAUAUUAAACAAACAUUUAUAGCAAACGGUGAAAAUACAUCUCUAAGGGUACUGGGGAUUUCUGUACUUCACUGCUGGCAACAAAGAAAAAAAUCAUUAAAGAAAUGCCAGUUUUUUGUAAGGGAAAAUAAUUAGUAUUAAACAAGGUUAAAUAUUCAGUGUAAUGCAUUUACAUUUUUAUCAUGGGAAGGAACAAACACAAAAGGCUGCAAAUAGGGUUUACAUGCAGCAGGUCUGCAUGUGCACCCAAGGGAUUUUUAAGAGGAAAAAAAAACCCCUGUGCUAAAGCCCAAAAUACAACUGCCCAUGCUUCACACACCACCAGCUGAAAAACUUCCAAAAUACUUUUAAUACUGUUACUUUUUAACCUUUUCUAACAGCCAAAUUACCAUAUGACUGAUUCUUAGGGAGGCAAGAUUGAAAGACAAUUUCCCUUAGACUCUAUUCACCAGAAAUAAGAUUGGGCUCUUUCAAUGCACAACAUGAGCGGAACACACCACAGUUAUUUUAGUCCUAGACAUCAAAGAUGGUUUCAUGUGCCAGUUAUAAAAUAAAACAAAGUAAAAAACACCUUCAUUUUGUUACAACAGUCAGAGGGGAGAAUGAGAGGAAGGAAUGGAUAGCCUCAAAGCUUGAUUAGAACAUGGUCUGUGAUCACAAGCUUGCAGAAGUUUACAUGUCAGUUCAAGAAUACAUCCCCCUUGAAAACACCACUGCAAAAGCAUCCUCUCUGAAAGUCAAUAUUUAAGAAGAAAUUUACUUGUGACUUGGAACAGACUACUGGAAAAUAAUGCUUCUCAUGGUAAGCAAUAUGUCUUUUAUUUUUAAUCAUUAACCUUUUUUUAUUCUUUUGUAAAGCAGUGCAGGCUUUAGAUU